AUGAAGCAGCCCGUCCGCAAGUUCCAGCCUUCAAGCCCGUCGCCACUAUCCUCAGGCGACGUGCCUGCUGCUCAUUUACUACCGCCACCGCCAGCACCCACGAAAGACAAUGUUCCAUCGAAUCUCCUUGAGAAACUCCUGACUUUCCCGUUGUUUAAGGAUGCCCCAGCGCUGUUCCACCACAAGGUCGCCACAAAACUCAAGCUUGUGCAAUAUACGCCGCAGGAAUACGUUCUUAAAGAAGGCGACCCGGCGCUAUCCAUGUACUGGAUUCUUAAGGGCACGGUGAGCGUGACUUCCCCCGAUGGUGACUCGGUUUAUGCCGAAUUAAGUCCGGGAGCGUUUUUUGGCGAGAUCGGCAUUCUAUUCAACCGGCCUCGUACGGCUACCGUCGUGGCCCGUUCACGUGUGCUUUUGGGCGUGCUUACAGCAGAUGCCCUCAACUCCGUUCUAAAAUCGUACCCCUUGAUCGAACGUCGAAUUCGUGAUGAAGCCCAGGAGCGGCUUGCUAUGCAAGAUAAGAAAAAUAAGGCUGACAUUCCCAUUUUGAAACCCAGCAAUCCGCCGGCCUCAGACUCCUGGCCCAACCAGGUUACUUCCACGUCAACGGCCCCAACCCUACUGAUUUCGCCGUCACCACUUUCUCAGAUUGUCAGUGCUUCCAGAAGAGUCCUGGUCUCCUCGCCCCUUGUUGUGUCGUUAGAUAACGUUGAUCAAACCCUCUCCAUUCAAGAUUUCAUCAAAUCGGUUCCUAUCUUCGCCAACCUACCGUCAGACCUCAUUCAUCGGCUAGCUCUUGGAGCUGACCCACUAAGCUUCAAAUCCUACGAAUAUAUCUUCCAUAAAGGUGACCUCGGCUCAGAUAUCUAUUUUGUGGUCGACGGUGAAGUCGAAGUCAUUGAUCACCAGGAUAGCAAAGAAAAGUCGGAGCGCUGUCUUGCACGCCUUAAGAAGGGCUCAUACUUUGGUGAAAUGUCCUUCUUAGAGCUCGCUCAAAAUGGCAAGAUUGUCAAAAGAAGCGCAUCCAUCAGAACAAUCACAUCUGUGGAACUCAUUGUCAUUCGCUCUCAUCAGCUAGAGAGGAUAUGUUCAAAGUAUUCGCAUUUUGUCGACGAUAUUAGAAAGACGGUCUUCGAAAGAAAACUCAUGAAUGAGUGCCAGGGUAACGAGGUAGGGCUGGCUCUGCCUAUUGUUAUUCCUGAAAGAAGACGCAGCAUUGCAGUGGAGACAGUCAAUCUGAGAGCUUCCCUGAACCUUUCACUCUCCAACUCGCGACAGCUUCUUUCGCCUGAGCCUUCCUUGUUCAAUCCAAAUUGGGGUGGCUUUUCUGCAUUUGAGCAUCCUUCAAGACCAUCACGCUCUGUCUCACCCGCGUCAUCUAUCGACGUUGAUCCUAUCCUUGUCAAGAACCCUACAUCUUUAUCAAUUGAUACUACUGAGGAAAUUCUUCGGAAGCGCAGAGCUGUUUGCAGAAGUGUUUCACCUCUGCACCAGUUGCCUGAGGGCCCUCUCGAUAUCAAUGUCCCACCAACUAGGUUGUUUGAUCAAGUCAACAGCUUUCCCUCAAGCAGACGUCCCUCUUUUCAGUACAUGCCCCACAACAAAAGAAUAAAGCUUGCCAGUUUAGCGGGUCGUCGCAGAUCCUCAGUUCUCGUGAGCCCCGGGUCGAUUCCUGACAAGAUUCUUUUAAAAGUUUUUGAAUUUCUCGAUUUACCUGUUCUUAUGCGUUUGAGAGUUGUGAGUCGCCGUUGGAGACAAUUGUUGUACAUGGCGCCAAACAUAUUUCAGCGUUUGAAUUUGACGCCAUGGAACACAACGAUCACAGAUGAUGCUCUAAUCGCCAUAACAGACUUUGUCGGUUCUCGUCCCCAAUAUAUUGACAUUUCCAAUUGCUUCCACAUUACCGAUGAAGGUUUCAGUUAUAUGGUCAAUGAGAUUGGAAUGGCUGGCAACCUCAAGCUGAUUAAAAUGAUGUCAACUUGGGAAGUUAGUGCUAUGGCAAUAAUGGACUUGGCCUCUCCUUCUGUUGGCAGUCAGCUCGAGGAGAUCGAUCUUUCUAAUUGCAGAAAAGUGAAUGACAAUGUUGUACAAAGAUUGAUCGGUUGGUCGGACGAAACCAGAAGAGAGCUUUCAAUUGGCGACCAAUUUAACCAAGUGGGAUCGAAGAAUCUCAAGAUUCUUAGUCUCAGCUAUUGUAAAGCACUUACAGACGACGUGAUGCAUCACAUCGCAAGCAACGCGAACGAGACUCUUGAAAGCUUAUCUUUGACUCGUUGCACAACUAUCACGGACGUCGGCUUCCAAUAUUGGACUUACAGGACAUUUCCUAACCUAAAGCAGCUUUCCCUCAAGGAUUGCACAUUUCUCACUGACAAAUCCAUCAUAUCUGUCGCAAACGCAGCUCCUCGAUUGGAAUCCCUUGAUUUAAGCUUCUGCUGUGCCCUACUGGACACGGCGGUGGAGGUUCUCUGCCUUGGCUGCCAAAACUUGCAAACAUUGGAUCUUUCAUUCUGUGGGUCAGCUGUGAGUGAUUCUUCCUUGGUUGCCGUGUCAUUACACUUACGCAAACUAGAAAGUCUUCUGGUGAAAGGCUGUAUCAGGGUUACGAGAGCGGGUGUUGAUGCAUUGCUAAGCGGCUUCUCCCCCUUGACGCAUAUCAAUAUUAGCCAAUGUCGCAAUGCACACGUUUACCCUGGAAAUAUGCCUGCCCAGACCCUUCAGGUCAAUCCUUCCACCAAGUCUGCUUUUAUCACCGCUGGACCCGCGAAGGAUAUUAUUGAAAUUGUCAUCUAA